CGGCUUUGAUCGACGUACGGCUUGCACAACUGCAGUUCUGGGCCUCCAGUGUUGCAUACUACAUUGCUGUACUGCUGAGUCCACGCUGCCUAAAUUGUAGCGGCAUUGCUGCUGCUGCGGAGGAGCUAGGGUAGGAUGGGUGCAGCCCUCAGCAGCCCCCGGGAGGACCGGCCAAAGCUAAAGCCGGCCCGCAGCAGUUCACUGAGACGCAUGUACGCAUCAGCACGAGCGACGAGCUGGAGGGGCGCCGGCACGACAUCAAUGGAAAACAGGGAGCGCCCGUCGCUCGACGACGAGCCCAUCGAGAGAAGAGGCAGCGGCCAGACCGAUACAGUAAGGUGGGGCGCCCACAACGCGCCGGCGCGCGCCGACGCGGACCGCUGGGCCGUCCACGUUUCUGGAGACGACGUCACGGCGGCGGUCUGCGACGGGCACGGUGUUGCCGGAGCGGCGCACUGGGGCCGGGAGAUCGCGGCGGAGGCGGCAUCGAUGCUCGCCGAGGGCAUGGGGUUUGAGGCUUUUCAACAAUUACAUGAGGAGCGUUAUGACGAGACGGUGCGCGCGGCCUUCGAGAAGCGUAGAGAGAGCUUCCGGGAGCAACACGGCUUCGACGCGCCCGGCGCCCUUCCCGCGGAGGGCGGCUGCACGGCGACGGUCGUGAACGUGGCACGUGGUUUACUAACUGUAAAAUGGGUCGGCGACUCGCGCUGCGUUAUUAAGGGGAGGGACGGGUCGGUUCGUGCGUUGACGACGGACCACGCCGCAUCGACGCAUCGGGAGGAAGGGCUGAGGAUCGAAAAGGCGGGCGGCGCCGUCGAGGGCGCCUACGUCGCCGCGCCGCGGGCCGAAGGUUUAUUGCAGGUCACGCGGUCGCUAGGGGACCGCGCGCACCAUUUGGAUGAUGUGGUCCUGGCGACGCCGGAGGUCGUCUCUGUGUCGGUGGAGGACGCCGAGUUCGCGAUCGUCGCGACGGACGGCGUCUGGGCCUUUGUGGACGAUUCCCGAGCCGCCAGCGCGGUCGCCGACGCGCUAUCAAAGUCGGACGACGUCUCCGCGGCCGCGGAGGCGCUCUCCAGCUUGGCGCGGGAGCGGGCCGCGGCCUCGCCGCGGGGCGUGGACGACAUCGCGGUCAUCGUUCUAGUGUUUAAUUGUUAGUUGU